CAAAGAGCAACUGAGGAAGCCAAGCGGCGAGAGAGAGAGAGAGAGGAGCCUAUGGCGCUUCAGCGGCGGCGCCACAACAAUUACCAACGCAUUCGCAUCCGCCUCUUGAUUCCUCUGAUUUCAGGCGUCGCCGCUGCUCUUCUGGUUCUCUUCUCUCUCCUUUCCAUUCUGGCUCCUUCCCCCAACGACACCGAUCAUCUGCGCCACUUCUACACCUCCUCGCUUAACGCUCCGCCGGAUGAUGCAAUUACAACUCCCGUUUUCCGCGUUCCGAGAGGUGGAGGAAAGAUGGAUCGCCAUGUCUGGAGUUCUAGAAACUCCGAACACUUCCACGGCUGCAGCGAUGCGGGCAACAAGUUUCCAAAGGCUCAAGUUAUUACACAACCUAACAGAUAUUUGAUGAUUGCAACAAGUGGAGGCUUGAAUCAACAGAGAACUGGGAUUACAGAUGGUGUUGUUGCUGCGCGUAUCUUGAAUGCUACACUUGUUAUUCCCAAAUUGGAUCAAAAAUCGUUCUGGAAAGACUCUAGUAACUUCUCAGAAAUUUUUGAUGUUGAUUGGUUUAUCUCAUACUUGUCAAAGGAUGUAAAAAUCAUCAAGCAACUCCCAAGAAGAGGUGGGAAAACAUUAUCUUCGUACAACAUGCGUGUUCCAAGGAAGUGUAAUGAAAGAUGUUACGUAAAUCGUAUAUUACCUGUACUCCUGAAAAAGCAUGCUGUUCAACUCAGCAAGUUUGACUACAGGCUUGCAAACAGGUUGGAUACAGAAUAUCAGAAACUGAGAUGUAGAGUUAAUUACCAUGCUUUAAGGUUUACCAAUCCAAUAUUUUCAAUGGGUGAAAAAUUGGUUCAUCGAAUGAGGAUGAGAAGCAAGCACUAUAUUGCAUUGCACCUAAGGUUUGAACCUGAUAUGCUUGCAUUUUCUGGAUGUGAUUAUGGUGGUGGAGAGAAGGAGCAAAAGGAACUGGGCACUAUAAGGAGGAGAUGGAAAACACUGCAUAGAAGCAAUCCUGAUAGGCAAAGGAGACAGGGGAAAUGCCCGUUAACCCCAGAAGAAGUUGGACUCAUGCUAAGAGCAUUGGGGUAUGGCUCUGAUGUUCAUAUAUAUGUUGCAUCAGGGGAAGUAUAUGGAGGGGAGGAAACAUUGGCACCUCUCAAAGCAUUGUUUCCCAAUUUCCACUCAAAGGACACCAUUGCUACGAAAGAAGAAUUAGAGCCAUUUUCUCCAUUUUCUUCUCGCAUGGCUGCACUUGACUUCAUUGUUUGUGAUGAAAGUGAUGUAUUUGUGACAAACAACAAUGGUAAUAUGGCUAAAAUAUUAGCUGGAAGAAGGAGAUACUUUGGGCACAAGCCUACCAUUCGUCCAAAUGCAAAAAAGCUCUACCGUUUGUUCUUGAACAGAAACAAUUUGACUUGGGAAGUUUUUGCUUCUAGUGUCCGUACUUUCCAGAAAGGCUUCAUGGGGGAGCCAAAGGAAGUUAGACCAGGUAGAGGUGGGUUUCAUGAGAAUCCAUCUACCUGCAUAUGCGAGGAUUCUGUAACCAAAGUGGAGAAAAUAUCUGGACCUAGAAAAUAUGGGAAGGAUAACACGAAUAGGAAAAAUGUAACAAAUAAUGAUCAGGAUGUGGAUGAUGAGUCUGAAUGGCCUGACAUGGAUGAUGAUGAAGAUCAGGGUGAUGAGAAGGGGAUGUUCAAUGAAACAAUUUCGGACUAUGAAGCUCUGAACUCUGAGGAUCCUGAGUUGGAAGAAAUUCUGUCAGAUUAGUGAAAGGUCCUUUUUAAGGACAGCUGUCUUCUUGACGCUUCCAUUGUGAUUUGUUGCCGCCUCAUGCUGCCUUCAGCUGCUGCUGCUGCUUGAGAGUUGCAUCAUAUAUAAACACAAGAAACAGAAUGAUAUAAUUAAAAAAAAAUGAAAAGGAAAAGAACUCCCAUAUGUCUUGCUCAAUACUGGCUUCGUAGGGACAUAAUUGCCUAUUUUCAUGCUGAAUGGAGUGUCUGGAUGUCAAUUUAAAUCUGAAGGGGUCCGAGA